AUGCCUGAAACCGUACAAGUAUGUUAUAACACCGACCCACUCCGCUUCACUCAAGGUGCAACUACAAAACCAAUUUGCAUUUGGAAAAACAAAGAAAGAAGCUUCAGAAGCGAGUUCUCAGAAAAUCUCAAAGCUUGCAGGAGUAGAUCGGAGCGGAGCGGACGGCGGGAGGGCGCGGGCCAGGCCAGGCCGGGAGGGGAAGGCAGGGUGCGUCGCAUCAACAGCGCGUGCCCACUGCGCGCAGGGACGGGCUGUCGACGCCUCGCUUGUCGCAACGCACACCGGAACUCCAACAACGCACUACAACAAAACAAGACGUUCACAUUGAUUGAACCGAGAGCGGGGGCGAGUCGCCGGCGCACGCGCGGUGCGGCGGCGACUCGCCCCGCGCGGCGCGGCGGCGCGUGGCGGGACGGCGCGGCGGGACGGCGCGGCGCGGCACUGGCUGUGUGUCGCGGGACUGUGGCGAGUGCCGGAGCUAGCGCUACAGCGUGGCGACAGGCAUCGUGUGCAAGCGAACAAACCAAACACUACUUCAUCGACAGCAUUACAAAACUUUACAUCGGCUCUCUCCAGAUCUAGUCUCGUUAGAAAGGAUUAAAAAGCUCAACGGUAUCUCGAGUAAAAUUUACGAAAAAAGGCAUGUAGUAGUGCGUCGGUCGACCGCGCGCCUGUCUCUCUAGUUCGGGGAGAGGGGCGCGGCCGCCGGGAGCUAACUCUUCGAGCAUGCGCCACGGCACCGAGAGACCGAUUCUAGUGAAGGAUUAAUAAAUUUCAUUAG